UCGUCAAAUCGAUUUGUUUGAAAAAUAUUUGCGACAAAAGUGCUUUGUGAUGUUUAGUGAUCGAUAAUUUUAGUAAAAGUGAAUCCGAAAAUUCAAAACUUUAGCGUUUUACGUAACUAGUACAAUGGCGAACAAGGAUGAGGACGAAACAUUCAAGGAAGACGAAGUUUACAUCAAUCCCGAAGAUGGGAUGCCCAACAUCCAUCCAAAUAUACCUGACUUAGAACAAGAAAGUGAUUGCCAAGAUGAAUUAAACGAACUCGACGACCUCCCUAAGUCGGUAAUCGUUACCAAUAUUCCCAGUCAUGUCUUCGGCGACGAGAAACUGAAGCGAGAAAUGGAAGAUCUAUUUCGUACAUUCUCUGACAAUACGACGUUUCAGUGGCUAAGGAGUUUUAGACGGUUGCGUGUUAAUUACGACAGUCCGCUGGCGGCGGCGAGCGCCCGAAUACAACUGCAUCAGUAUCAGUUUUACAACUCGUGCAUCAAUUGUUAUUUCGCACAACCUGUAACACCAAUAUCUUUAAAAAACCUGAGGCCCCCGAAGCCCUUUAAACAAUUCCUUAUAUCGCCGCCGGCCAGUCCGCCUAUAGGAUGGGAGCCGCGCGAGGAAGGUGAGCCACUUGUGAAUCAUGAUCUGCUAGCGGCCCUAGCCACUUUAGCCCCAGGGGAGAGCCACGAGUUACACGCGCCAACACCGACUCAGCCCGCUAUAGUGGUGCAUACCGCACUAUCCGCAGACAAUGGUGUACCAAAACAUGUCAGCUGUCAAAUACCCCAUACACGAUGUCCCGAAUAUUGAUAAUUUUCCGACUCAAACGUAGAGUAGCCAUUGGAUGCUUUUCACUCGGUCUUGUCAAUUCAUACAUGCCAAAGAAGUGAUUGUUUAACUAUGCAGUAUGAAACACAACAUUGUUACAAAAUGUUUCUUUUUUUUUUUAGUUUAGUUAUGUCAGAUGGAUUAGCAACACGAAUUAAGUAUACAAUUUAUUUUAUUAUUUUGGUUUGGUGCUACAUUAUGAUAUGCUAAUUAUAAAAAUACUUAUUUUUGUAUUUAGAAUGCUUGGGUACCUAUAGUCUAUUUGGAUUAUAUUGUUAUGACAAUAUUAUAUUUUAUGCAACAAUAUCCUAUUAGAAGUAUUAUAAUGAAAUAAAAACACUUUAUUAUAACAGGUUACAUAAUAAUUGAUCUACUUUCCUCAAAUACCAUUGUCUC